AUGUCAGGUUCAGAUUCAUAUCCAGAAUGUGUUGAAGAAUUUAGUAUUGAAAUUGCAGACUAUAAUCCAAUUGAUCCCGGUUAUCAUUUGCCUUUGCCAGAGACAAUGCCAAAGCGUAACAAUGGAGUCAUUAAUAUUCAAAAUAACGAUAAUUGGUGUUUUGGAUGGUGUGUUUUAAGCGCCUUGCAUCCAGUCAAAGUUCACCCCGAAAGAAAUCCUCAUCGGUUAUAUGGCCAGUAUGUAGCAGAACUCAAUAUGACAGAUAUUCCGAUUCCAGUACCUGUUUCCACACCAGUUUAUCAAAAAUUCGAAGAAAUUAAUCCAGAAAUCAGUCUAUGUGUAUAUGAAUGGCACAAUCAAAAUAAGUGUCUAGAAUUUCGUUAUAUAACAGAAAGAAGGGGUGAUGAAUAUAAGCAAGUAAAUCUUUUAGUAAUAACGGAGGAGGAUAGAAGCCAUUACUGUAUAAUCAAAGAUUUACAUCGGUUGGUAUAUAAUCAUAGCAAACAUAAAGGAAGAAAAUAUCUUUGCCGAUUUUGUCUUCAUGUAUUUUCAGAUGAAAAAGGAUUUAAUGAGCAUAAAGCAGAUACGAAAAAAUGUUUAGGGGUAAAUAACGCUCCACAAUUACCAAAAGUUCCUACGAUAGAAGAAUGUAUAAAAAAAUUUAAUAAUCAUAAAUGCAUGCAACCAAAUCCAUAUCGUAUAUUUUGGGAUCUUGAAUGUUUAACAGAACAGUUAACUCCAGAAGAGAAUGCGCAAUUAACACGUACUGAAAAACUCCAAAGGCAUAGACCUUGUGGCUUUUCUUAUGUAGUGGUGCGAAUGGAUAGUUUUGGUAAGUAUGAAAUAACGAGCCAUUAUUUGUAUAGAGGACCAAAUGCUUUAGAAAAAUUUGUCGACAAGCUUGAAGAAGAGCUUGCAGAAAUUCAAGCCGAUUUAUCAUCACCUGCAGAAAUAAUUAUGGAACCGGGAGACCAUACAGCAUUUAAUGAGGCAAUAGGAUGUCAUAUAUGUGAGAAGCCUUUUAUUGAGCCGGCACCAGAAAUUUUGCAACAAUUCGAAGAAGCAAAACAACAAUUGUUAGAAUGUAAAGAAUGGGAGGCCCAUAUGAAAAAAGAUCAUCCCAAAAAGAAAGACGUGCAGAAGAAAUAUCAACAAGCGUUAAAUAAACUUAACCAUAAAGUCAGAGAUCAUUGUCACAUUAGUGGUAAGUACAGAGGAGCUGCUCAUGAUGCAUGCAAUAAAAAGUUACAGGUUGGCGCAUUUAAAACUAAAAUACCACUCAUUUGUCAUAAUUUUCGAGGAUACGAUUCGCAUCUACUCAUAGAAGUCGUUGGUAGAUUUACAGCGGAUAAGUUAAAGUGUAUUCCAGAAAAUAUAGGUAAGUAUAAGGCCAUGGAUGUAGGGCAAUUCCGAUUUCUUGAUAGCUUCCAACAUAUGGCAAUGGGUCUUGAUAAACUUGUUGAAAGUUUUGGUGGAAAGCUCGAAAAACUUCCUUUAUCAGUCAAGCACUUUACUGAAAAGGGGUACUCGUUAGAUCAAAUCAAUUUAUUAAAACGAAAAGGCGUAUUUCCUUAUGAUUGGACAAACUCAUGGGACAAAUUCGAAAGAACAAGUCUUCCACGCCGAAAAGACUUCUAUUCUAUACUUAACCAGCAAAAUAUUAGCAAGACAGAUUAUGAGCAUGCGCAAAAAAUAUGGAAGCAAUUUGGAAUGACAAAUUUCGGUGAAUACCAUGAUCUUUAUCUUGAAUGCGAUGUACUUUUGCUUGCAGACGUUUUUAUGAAUUAUACUAUUAUGUGCUUACAAGAUGAUGGCUUGGAUCCUUCCCAUUACGUUUCAGCACCAGGUAUGUUUAACGAUUCACUGUACAAAAGUAGCAAAGUCGAGAUUAAAUUAAUGUCGGAUAUGGACGAAUAUUUAACGGUUGAAAACGGAAUUCGUGGAGGCAUGACAAUGGCAAGCCAUCGAUAUGCCAAGGCAAAUAACGAGAAAUGUCCUGAUUACGACUCUAGUAGACCGAAAUCCUGGAUUAUGUAUGAAGAUAUGAAUGCUUUAUACUCAGGAGCCAUGACACAAUACUUGCCUACGGAAAUUUUGGGUAAGGUAAGUCCAGAGGAAAUACCUGACAUUCAAAGCAUUGCUCCUGAUGCGGAAAUAGGAUAUGCGCCAGAGAUCGAUUUAGAAGUUCCAGCCCAUUUGCAUGACUUCUUUGAGGAUUAUCCGUUAGCUCCAGAGAAACAAAUAGUACCCGAAAACUGGCUUAGUUUGUAUAAUGAAAGGUUAGUACGCGAUAAAGAGGUUGGAGGAGGGAAAUACGUAUCAGGCGAAAAGUUACUUCAAACACUUUUACCGAAGAAAAAUUAUGUAGUUCAUUAUCGAGCACUCCAGCUGUACAUGAAAUAUGGAUUAAAAAUUACAAAAAUUCAUGGCGCAUUAAAGUUUAGACAGUCUCCAUGGAUGAGGGCAUAUAUUGAGGAAAAUAUUCGCAAACGCAAGAUAGCUAAAGCCAAUAAGGAUGAAUUUGGCGUAAUGUAUUACAAGCUAAAAAAUAAUUCCGUAUUUGGGAAACAAAUGGAGAACGUUCGCAAACACAUGAGAGUGGAAAUACUUAGAUCCGAUCAAGACAAAAAACUAACGCGCCUCGUUAGUUCACCUCUAUUUGUAGGUUUCAAAGCAUUCGAGGGUGGAAUUACAGCUGUCCACAUGUUAAAAAGUACAAUCACUCUGAAUAAGCCGAUAUUUGUGGGACAAGCGAUUCUUGAUAUUAGCAAGGCUAUGAUGUAUAAUUUCUGGUAUGGAUAUAUAAAACCUCGAUAUGAAGACAAGGCCCGCCUACUUUAUACCGACACAGAUUCACUAAUUAUGUGGAUCGAAACUGAAGACAUUUACAAAGACCGAGCGGAAAGACCAGAUAUUUUCGAUCUUGACUAUUCUGGGGAUUUAUUCUUAAUGAAGGAUGAAACAAAGGGAGAUCCCAUAGGUGAGGCAGUAUGUUUGAAACCGAAAAUGUACUCAGUUCUCCCUUCUGGUCACAAUCCUGUUACGCCAAAAACAGAGUCUGAUUUUGAGAAAGACGAGUUUAAAAGACAUGGCAUGCAGAAGGCUAAGGGUGUCAAAAAAUGCGUAGUCAAGAGAGAGCUUCGCCAUAACAAAUUUGUCGAAUGUCUUAGGAAUCGAAAAGUUACCAGGCAUGAUAUGUAUGGCCUCCGCAGUUAUAAUCACCAAAUCUACUUAGAACGGGUAAAUAAAAUCGGACUAAAUCCAUUUGACAAUAAGCGCUGGAUUUUAUUAGAUGGAAUUCGAUCUCUUCCAUACGGACAUUGGCGAAUAAAGGCUUACCAGCAUUAUAUAGAUUCCGGGAUGUCACCAGAGAUAGCGGAAGAAAGAGCUAUGACAAAUUUAUCAUAUCAAGAACAAUGA